UUCAAAAUGAUGCCACGAUUCUCUUCAAGAAAAAUCUAGCUGAGAUGAUUCUUGAAGCUAUAUUUCCCGUAACUACUGAUUCAAAUAACCAAACCAAUUACCCAUAUUGAGAGAAAUUCGAUUCAUUUCCACCUCUGUAAUGACUACUCUUAGCAACUGCGCGGCGCCGCCCUCCUUCCUCCGCCGCUUUCCACCCAGCCGCCGCUGUUUCUCGAGUCGCACCGCCCGUCAAUUCUCCCGGUCAGUGACCUAUUCCCCAAAUCGCCGCCGCCCAUCGCAUUGCUGCAGCAGCGCCGUCACAAACAAUGACGCCGCAGCUGCCGCGGCGCCACCGGAGAGUGAAAUUCCGGUCAGAAUCGUGGCUGUAGUAGGAGAAGGCAGCGUCAGCCCUCUCAAAUCCGCGCCUUGGUAUGACGUCAUGCUCCACACUGCCAAGAGAUUGAAAUGGGUUGACGAAGGCUAUGAAAUGGAGGUGUACACUGACAAUGCUUGUCGAGGUGAGAAUGCAAUCACACACCAGUUUCACCAUGAUUUGAGGCAGGCAGAUAUUUUGCUGGUUGUUGCUGUUUCUGAUCAAGAAUCCAUUAAAUUAAUCCAGUCCAGUAGCCAAGACGUUGCGAACAUCAUAUGUUUCGACUCCUCUCCGUCUCUACCGAACAAAUUAGGCGGAUCGCUCGUGCAAACGAAGGCUGUGGGGAGUAUCUCUGGUGAUGUUAUCCCGUUGCCUCGACCGGAGAAGGUGAAGGAAUCAGAGGAAGUGGCGAAGUCGGUAAACGAGGCGUGGAGCAGGCGCAACUCGGAUGAUAUAAGGUUCUGUUUGCUGGUCGUCGUGAACGCCUACGUCAAGCCGGUUCCUAUACUGAAGAACCUACGGGCGAAGGGAUUCUCGACGUUGAGCUGUAUGGUGAAGAACUGCGGCCCACAAAUCUUGAACUGUUUGUUGGAUAACAAUUGCAGGAAGGCUCUGCAAUGCUUGAACAAUUGCAGCCCGGUCGAUCAGGUCUGCAACUAUAAGUGCAUCGCGUCGUAUGAGAGCCGAGAGCUGGAGGAGUUCUCUCUAUGUGUAUUGCAGAAGCACAACUGCCUCGAGCUGGAUGCGAAGAUCCCGGAUAAGCCCUUUGUUGCCCCGAUGGAGCGUUUCCGGGGAGUGGAGCUGGACCAUGAGACUGCUGAGGAUCUGUUUGUCGGCUGGCUGGGGCGUUUGGAGUGGAGCUGGCGCGUCGUUGCUGGGCAGAAUCCGGCGUACGACCAGUUCCCGUGCCAGUACCAGCUCUUCUACAGAGGGAGGGCGAAAGGGUCGCUUUGGUACGAGCCGGUUUUUCAGGUGAGGACGCUGGACGGGGAUCUCGUGUGGAGGAGGAGGAGGUACCGGGUGAAGAGGGGGACAAGGCCAGGGACGUUCUACUUCAGCGUGCUGGACAAUGGCGUGGUGUCGAAUGAGACGUGGACGAUUGUGGAUGUGGCUGAUGAUCUAGGGUGGGGCUUGUUUCACUAUCACGGAGCGGCUAGAGUUGCGGGGCAGUCGUACACGGGGGCGGUGCUAGUGAGCCCGACCGGGGCCUACCCGGACGAGAGCCAGCUAGGGAAGGUGGGAUCUGCAUUGGAGAAAUGCAGCAUCAAGGAAUGGGAGGUUUUUGAUGUUGAUAAUUGUUCUUGUGAGAAUCCACCUUUGGAUUUGCCAGAAGAUUCUAGAUUGCAUUCUAAGUUGAGAGUUUAAUCUUUGGAAGAUAGUUCUGCUAGUGUUUGACGAGGAUGUCUUAAUUGAGACAUGAAAGAGGUUGAAUGUUUGUGAAA